AUGACUGUCGACCCGGUGACCAAGCAAUCUGCAUCUCACAUCCGCCCCAGUAGUUGGGCAGAUGGUCUCCGUGGCAUUGCCGCUCUUUUUGUGGUCGCGAGUCAUACAUGUUUAUCCUUUGCGACAUAUCUAAUCCCGCCGUCUUUCGCGGAAACUGGAAAGUCUAUUUUGUUCCAGCGACCAUUUUUCAGACUCGUCAUACAGGGCCAAGCCUGGGUGGCCAUCUUCUUGGUGCUACUGGGAUUCGUCAAUGCCCUAAAACCGCUCCAGCUAGCCCGGCGAGGAGCCACGGCCGAUGCUCUCGCUGCCCUAUCCACAGGCGCCUUCCGGCGCAAGUGGAGAUUAGUUUUUCCCGCAGCCCUAAUGACAUUUUUAGCUUGGCUUGCAUGUCAGUUGGGUGUCUUCCAAUUGGGUAGAAGGGUAGAUGCAUACUGGUUGAGAGCGACAAGCCCCCAGCGAAGCUCAUCUUUGAGCGCUGCCGUCGUGGAUCUGAUACGAGAGUUAUUGGGAACUUGGAUGUGGGGAGAAAAUGCCUACGACCAACCGCAAUGGGCAUUGCUGCCCCUUUUCCGUGGCUCGCUUUACGUAUUCAUGACUCUGCUGGCGUUAGUAAAUACGACGCCAGUUUUCCGCCUCUGUGCGCAAAUGGUCCUAUACAGCUAUAGCUGGGCAACUCUAGAUGGUACUGUUGGCACGAACAUUUUCGCUGGCAUGAUCCUAGCGGAACUAUCAUUCUAUAACCUGACAGCCCUCCAGCCUCGCGCCAUUUUCAGAAUCAUUCCCUACGGCCUCGUCACUCUGGGACUUUACAUCUGCUCAUAUCCUGAUCAAUACGCCGACCAGACCGCAUGGUCUUCCCAGCUCGCAUCGCUUGCCGAAACCAUUUUCCCAAAAGAUACCAACGUCAGUCGCUACUAUGCCAGUCUUGGGGCGCAGAUGAUAUGCCUUGGAGUGAUGCUUUCUCCCUUAAUGCGACGAAUGCUCUCCCACCCCAUGCUACUGUGGUUGGGGUCGAUCAGCUUCCCGCUAUAUCUCGUCCAUGGACCACUAAUGCGAUCUGUUCUUGUUUACCUUGUCUAUCUGCCUAUGUCAUUCGGCUUUGAGCCGGCCUUGAAAGCAGAUGGAACACCUGACCCGGAGUCUUAUAUUCCAACGCCAAGCCCAUUUCGACUCGGGGUUAUUCUAAUUAUGUUUUUUGCGUUCUUGCUGUAUGUUGUCCAGCAGUGGACAAACCAUAUAGAGCCGAAGAUGGGUGCACUUACAGCGAGGUUUGAAAGAUUCUCCCGUUCGUGGGGUAAGAAUGCGGCGUGGACUUCAAAAGAGAAAGAUGAGGUACUGCCCAUCACAUCUGUCCGGGAGUUGACUAAAUAG